UGCCUGGGAGUAUCGUGUGACAGUUUCUCAACAACUCACACCGGCCGGACAACAUGCUAAAUACCGGGAAGCUAGCGGGUCGUACCAUAUUCAUUUCGGGGGCGAGCAGGGGGAUUGGGAAAGCCAUCGCCAUCAAGUGUGCUCGAGACGGAGCCAACGUUGUCAUCGCGGCCAAGACGGCAGAACCCCACCCCAAACUUCCAGGGACCAUCUACACAGCAGCUGAAGAAAUUGAAGCAGCUGGAGGAAAAUGUCUGCCAUGUAUCGUGGACAUCCGAUAUGAGGAUCAGGUCCAGUCAGCAGUAGAGCAGGCUGUGCAGAAGUUUGGAGGGAUUGACAUCCUGGUGAACAACGCCAGCGCCAUCAGUCUGACUGGGACACUGGAGACACCCAUGAAGAAAUAUGAUCUCAUGAACGGCAUCAACGCAAGGGGAACGUAUCUCGUUUCCCAGAAGUGCCUUCCCUACCUCAAGACUGGGAAGAACCCCCACAUCUUAAACAUCAGUCCUCCACUCAACAUGCAGCCUCACUGGUUCAAGGGACACGUCGCCUACACAAUGGCCAAAUAUGGCAUGUCCAUGUGUGUACUUGGCAUGGCAGAAGAGUUGAAGCCUGACAGGAUAGGGGUGAAUGCCCUUUGGCCUCUGACUGCCAUCUCCACAGCUGCUAUGGACAUGCUCGCUGGCGUUGAUGCGCAGAAGCAGUGUCGUAAGCCUGAGAUCAUGGCGGACGCUGCUUAUGUCAUGGUGACGCGGGACAGUAAGUCCUACACGGGGAACUUCGCUAUCGACCAGGAUGUUCUGAAGGAGGAGGGGAUACAGGACCUUGACCAGUACUCAUGCGUUCCAGGCCAUCCCCUGAUGCCAGACUUCUUCCUGGACAUCACAGCAGAGGAGCUGAACAAGGAUCUCCCCCAGGCGGCGGCAGGUGGCGCGUCACAGGCGGCGGCAGGAGGACCCGCCAAGACAUUUGAGGUCAUCAACAGCCUCGUGUCUGAGGACAUCCUCAGCACUGUCAAGGGGGUCUUCCAGUUUAACCUCACAGGUGCAGAGGAAGGCACCUGGCACCUGGACCUGAAGAACACGCCAGGUGGGGGCGGGGCGGGGGAGCCUCCCUCAGGUAAACCUGACGUGCUGAUGACCCUGGACUCGGCAGACUUUGUGAAGAUGUUUGCAGGAGAACUGCAGCCGACACAGGCCUUCAUGUCGGGAAAACUGCGCAUCAAGGGGGACCUGGCCAUGGCUAUCAAGCUGGAGAAACUCAUGGGGCAGAUGAAGUCUAAGUUGUAGUAGGAAGUAUCCAACAGGCUGCUGUGAAAGUUGUAAUGCUACAAUGUAGUUACCUGAUACUGUAAAUUCAUUUAUUUCCAUGUGGACAGAAGAAAGGAGGCUUUUGCGGUGU